UAUACAUUUUUUUUUUGAUUACAUCAAAACAAAUCGAUAGUUUUUUAUAUGAAUUCAAAUUAUUACGUAUUAUUAUGAAUCCAAUAGCAACGAUGGCAAUGAAAAUUACCAAUACUGGUGGACAAUCAUCAUUGUCUAGUUUGAAUUCUUGUAUUGAUGAUUUUGAUGAUGAUGGUGAUGAUAAUAAUAAUGAAAUGGAACACAGUGACCAAAAUCAACAACAACAACAACAACAACAGUUAUCCGAUUGUGAUGAUUUAUUUAACCAAUAUCGUUUAGAAUGUGAAAAAUGGCUAUUAGACGAUUCAUUAAUAGCAAGCAUAGAUCAACAAAAAUAUGUAAAUCUUUUACGUAAUAUGGUCAAAGAUUUACUUGAUCAAAAUGAAUGUCUUGUAUCGAAUAUAAUGGAAAUUAAACAAGAAUCAGCUAACCGUAUCAAUGAAUUACGACGAAAUUUAGAGAAUACAGCAGCCCGUACUGAAGAAGUGAUGCUUUCAUUAGAAUCACAUGAAUUGUGUUUGAAAAAUUUUGUUCAACAACAUUGUUGUGAAUGUUGUGCUUGUGAUAUGCGUUUAUUGGAAUUUAAACUAUGUCAUGGUCCAUAUUGUGAUCAAUUAUAUAAUCAUCCAGAAAAUAUUUCAUCCAAUCCAUUACAAUCACCAUGUUGGUCAUUCGGCCAUCUUUGGUCAUCUGUUGUACAUCAAACAUCACAUUGGUUAACAAAUAAAGAAUCAUCAUCAUCAUCAUCAUCGACGAAUUGCCUACAUAAUCUUAAUAGUGAAAUGCGUUUUAUGAAUCUGGUCAAAUUAAUUGAUAAAAAAAUACAACAAUUCGAAAUGGAAAAUCAGCAGCUAAGAAAAGAGAAUGAAAUUAUUCGUGAAUUAAAUUCACUAUUAAACUGUCGUAAUGGCAUUCCAUUAAUGUUGAAUGAAUGGCGCCAUAAUAAUUAUAGUAACCGGAAAUUAUCAUACAAUCAACGGACCGAAAAUGUUGAACGAAAUUAUAAUUAUAAUAAUAGCUUCUCUAAUAGUAGUAGCAGUUAUCAUAUGGAUUCACCAUCAAUAUCAUCCACAUCAUCAUCAUCGCUUUGUCUAAGUCCAAAUGUUGAUCGUGAUCCGUUGAAUGAAAGUGGUGGUUGUGGUGGUGGUGGUGGUGGCAGUGAUGUCGGAAGCCAAACAACAUCAAUGUUGAUGAUGAUGAUGAAUAUGAUGCAUGAUGAUGGUGAUGAUAUUCAAGAAUUGAUUCAUGACAAAUAUUAUUCUACAACAACAACAACAACAACAACAUCGAUGACUAAAAAUAAUACUUCAAUGGUGUUAAAUGAUGAAAUGGAAAAACAUAGCAGUAGUGAUCAACAUAAUGAAAGAAAUGAUUGUUCACUUGAAGAAGAACGAAUGAUAAAUUCAUUUUUCAAUUUAGAUUCAAAGACUAUGACUAUUGAAAUGGCAAAUAAUGUGAAAAAUGAUCAUCAUUUGACCAAUAGACAAAACACAAACAAUGAAAAUGUUGUUUAUUGUGAAGAAAUUUGUGAUUCAUGUCGACAUGAUAAUGAUAGUGGUUGUAGUACGGAUCUAAUACCAUCACAAACGGAUAUGCAAUCAUUGUUGACAUUAUCGGAUCUAGAUUAUGAUAUGGAUCAAACAAAUAAUAUUGAUAACAGUGAACAUACAUCAAUGGCAGGAACAAAUGAUGAUGAACAACAAAGAAUGGUGAUGAUGAUGAGAAUGAGUAGUAGUAGUAGUGGCUCAAUGAACUCAUCGUUACCGGCAAUGUCAAUCGGAUCAUCAACAUCAUCACAAUCACAACAUUCAUCCAAAUCUAAGGACAACGACAUUACUAGGAAUUCAUCUUCGUCUUACAAUCCUAAUAAUAAUCAUAAUUAUUUUCAUCAAAAUGAUCAUAGUCUUAAACAUCAUCAUACUUGUCAUCAUAAUCAAGAAAAUCAUAACCAUGACCAGAAUUAUGAUGGCAUAAAAGAACGAGAUAAAUCUUUUUGUGGACCAAUUACUAGAGGGAAAAUGUCAAAUGGAGAUGGUGCGGAAAUUGAACAACUUCGUAUACGAGUAAAUUUAGCUGAUCGUUUAAUACCGAAAUUAUAUGGAAAACUAUUGUAUUAUAUGAAUCAAAGAAAUCUUGUAUUGUCACAAUUUCGUCAAGAAAAUCGUUUACGUGAAAAAUGUAAACAAGAUCUAUCCGAAUUGACCGAAUGUCUUGUUGAUAAUGUUGAUUAUUUUGAAAAACGUUCGUCAACAAUUUUAGCUCCGAUGAUUAAUAAUAAUAAUAUUAUUAAUUCGGAUAUAAUUAAGAACAAAAACGUAUCGGAUCAACAAAAAAUUUCAUGUCUGUAGCUAACGGAUAAUUAAUCGAAUUUUUUACGGACCACUUACCAUCAUCAUCAAGGGAUCUUAUCAUCUAUGAAUUUUGAAU